AUGGAAGAUGAUGACGAUCCUCCUUUCUCUUUCUUCGAGGAGCUUCUUGACAUGGAGGACGAAGAAGAUGAGAUUGAGCAUUUGGUGGAUGAGCUCCGUACGAAUGUAGGAGCCUUUGUGGAGGAAGCACUUGUUGAGAAGCUUCUAGAGAACUUGGAUUUAGAGGAAGUAGAAGAAGAUGAGCACGACGCAGCUGAUGCAUCCUUUUUUGACAGCUUCCACUUCUCAUCCAUGUCUGUGUUGCAGAGAGAAAGAGAGAGAGCUUCUGACUUAGAUGGAGGGUCUCUGGCUUUUUUUUUUUUGUUUAUUUAG